UGUGAUGAAAGACAAUUCUUUUUUUUUUUUUUUGUGAAAAUUUAAAAUAGAAAAAAAAUAUUUUUAUUAAUUAAUUAAUUAUUUCUUUUAUUUAUAUGUUUAGAAAAAUUUUUUGCUUUGAACAAAAAAAAAGAUAGAAAGAGUGAGAGAGAGAAAGAGAGAAAAAAAAAUGAAAUUUUUUCAAAAAACAGUGAUUCUAUUAGUGAUAAAAUUAACAUUAGUGCUAUUGUGUUUUAUAUCCAGUGUCAAGGGAAAUUUAUCAAAUCAUCAAAAUAACACAAUUUUAAAUAAUGGCAAUAUACAAAUAAUAUUCAAUAAUUUGGAAGCGAAAAAUAUUUUAAAUAAUUAUUCUAAAUUUAAAUUAAAUAAAUGUUCAAUUGAUAUUUAUUUAUUAAUUCAAGAAGUGAAAAAAUUACAACCAUGGGCUUUAAGUAUGAUUGAUGCAUCAACAAAAAUUCCCUCUGGAUUAUUACAAGGGAAUGUCGUCGAUCUUGGAAUGUUUGACGAAUGUAUUAAUAUACAUGGUAAUCUAACCAAUAAACGAAUUAUAAAUGGAAGACAUUGUAUUUAUACAUUAAAUUUUCUAAUAAAUAAUGUUGUAUUUGAUUUAAAACCAAAAUUUGGCAUGUGCCUACCAUCAAGUUGUGAUAUUGAAGAUGUUGUUAAUAUUAUUGAUAAUAUUAAUGAAGAAUUACAUAAAAAAGGAAUUAGCGAAACAAUUAAUAUUCAAACGGAAAUUGUCACAUGUUCUUAUUUAAAUAAUAAUCAAUUAUCAACAGGAAGUAUUAUUUUUAUAUCAAUAUUAACAAUAAUUGUACUUUUCCUUGUGAUUUGCACAAUUUUGGAAUUAUUACACAAUUGGUUGGAGGCAAAAAAUUACAAUUGGAAUAUUAUUAGAUCAUUAUCACGAUUUUCAUUGAUAAACAGUUCGUUGAGAAUUUUAAGUUUAAAAAUGCAUUCGGGAUCAAUUUCCUCGAUACAUGGAAUUCGUGCAUUAAGUAUAUUAUGGAUUGUUUAUGGACACGAUCUCUUUUUUAAUGUCAUGGCAUCAUUUGUCAAUUCAGUCGAUUUUUUAGAUUGGGCCAAAUCUUGGAGAAGUUUUUAUCUUGCCAUGGGAAUUUAUGCUGUGGAUACAUUUUUUUUGCUCAGUGGUUUUUUGCUCUCUUAUCUUUUUUUUAAAAAAAUGGCACAUGGAAAAACAUUCAAUAUUUUGGAAUUUUAUUUCCAUAGAUAUAUCAGAUUAACUCCAGCAUUGGCGGCUCUUGUUCUUAUAACAAUAUUUAUUGUUCCACAUCUUGGUUCGGGUCCAAGAUGGGAGGGUGAUAUUGUCGCUAAUGUUUCAACAAAAUGUGAAAAUUCCUGGUGGAAAAUUCUUCUCUAUGUGCAAAAUUAUGCCGGGGAAAAUAUUGCUGACAAUCUAUUUUGUUUGGGUCACUUGUGGUACUUGUCAGUUGAUAUGCAACUUUUUUGGCUCUCACCAUUAAUUAUUUAUCCACUUGCAAAAAAACCAAAAAUUGGAUUAAUCAUAUUGGGAUUGGCUUUUUUUGCCUCGAUUAUUACUCCGGCGGUAAUUGUUGGAAAAUAUGAAUUACUCUUCACCAGUCUUAAUUUUAAUGAAAUGGGAAGAAUGGCGGAGACUGCAAAUAAAUAUUACGUUAUAACACAUUGUCGAGCAAGUCCAUGGAUCACUGGAAUAUUUUUUGGUUACAUUAUGGUGACUAAAAAAUCGAAACCAAAUAGGAAAAUUGUUAUUUUCGGAUGGAUAGUGGCAAUAAUUUGCUUCAUUUUUUGCACUUGGGGUCAUUUGGCAACAUUGAGAAAUGAUUACGUGUACAAUGUCGUUUUAGAGACAGUUUUAGCGUCACUGGGACAUUUUAUUUGGGCCACUGGAGUCGCUUGGAUUAUUUAUGCUUGUCAUCAUGGCUCGGGAGGUUUAAUUAAUAAAUUAUUGUCGCUAUCAAUUUUUCUACCAAUAAGCAAAAUUUCCUACAGUCUAUAUUUAUUGCAUUAUUUAUUUCAAAAUUUAAAAUCAGGCAGUUCAAGAUUAUCAAGUUAUUUCUCUGAUUUUGGAAUUUUUCAGUCAUUUUUGGGUGAUUUGCUUUUCUGUUUGAUUUUGUCAUUCAUUUUUUGUAUACUUUUUGAGUCGCCAAUUUUAAUUUUGGAAAAAAUGAUUUUUGACAAAGAAACAAAGACAACAGAAACUCAACAACAACAACAACAACAACAACGACAACAACAAAUUCCAGAGGUAAAAGUCACCGAAUGUCGUGUGUCACUUGAAAAAAAUGACAAUGGUCAAACAAUUAUUGAUCCAGAAACAAAUGAACCAACAACAACUUUGUGAUUUUGUAAAAAUUAUUUUUUCUUUUUUAAUAAAAAAUAAUAAAAAAAAAACGCAUUAAAAUUUUAUUUAUUUAAAAUAUUGAAAAAAUACUUUUUUUAAAACGAAUUUCCAACAGUUAUAUUUUUACAGUUUUAAUCAAAUGGGGUAAUUAUGACAAUUAGAUGGGGGCAAAAUGGCAUUAAGAUGGGGUAAAAUUGUAAAUUGUAAAAAUUUUACUUUCUUUUAACGAUUUUCUAUAAUAUUUAUAUUUUUACAGUUUUAAUCAAGUGGGGUAAUAUAUGACAAUUAGACGGGGGCAAUAUGGCAUUAAGAUGGGGUAAAAUUGUAAAUUGUAAAAUUGAAAAAAUAUUACUUUCUUUUAACGAUUUUCUAUAAUAUUUAUAUUUUUACAGUUUUAAUCAAAUGGGGUAAUUAUGACAAUUAGAUGGGGGCAAUAUGGCAUUAAGAUGGGGUAAAAUUGUAAAUUGUAAAAAUUUGUAAAAUCAUAGAAAUAUUAAUUUUUUAACGAUUGUCUAUAAUAUUUAUAAUUAUUUUGGGGUAAUAUGACAUCCAUUAUGGGUUAAAACGUCAUACAAUGAUGGGGAUAAAGUGACACAAAUAUUACAACUUAUUUGGAAUUAUAUGGGGUAAAAUGUGCACGAAUGGCACUAUUUAAUUGGAAUUUAAUGGGGUAAUAUGUCACCAACUAUGGUGUAAAAUGUGCACGAGUGGCACAACUUAUUUGAAAUUUCAUGGGGUAAUAUGACACCUAUGAUUGGAGGGGGGGGGGUAAAAUGAUACCAUUGUCACAAAUUAUUUAUUAUUACAGGGGGUAAUAUGACACCGACAAUAAGGGAAAAAUGUCACAACUUAUUUGAAAUUACAUGAGGUAAUGUGACAUCGGAAAUGGGGGUAAAAUUGUACAAAAUUUUUUCUCAAUGUUCAAAAAUAAAAUCAAAAAAAAA